AUGGAGAGCAGAAAAACCCUAGCUCCUCAACCAGAUGUUGAAGAGACUGCCAAGUCGAAGAAUCACACCGCUCACAACCAGUCCUACAAGGCACACAAAAACGGCAUCAAGAAGCCCAAGAGGCACCGCCACACUUUCACCAAAGGGAUGGAUCCCAAGUUUCUGAAAAAUCAUAGGUACACUAGGAAGCACAACAAGAAGGAUGUUGAAUCUGUCACUGAAGAAGAGUAA